AUGAAGAACAAGAACUAUACCGAGCUUUAUGAUCUUUUAGGUGUUCCGCCGUCCGCCAGUGAAGAUGAUAUCAAAAAGGCCUAUCGGAAAAAGAAUCCCAAUGACCCUCAAGCUGCUCAGAAGUUCCAGGAAAUGGCUGCCGCCUACGAGAUCCUUAGUGAUCCAGAGAGCAGAGCACUAUAUGACGAAAGUGGGAUGGCUGGUCUAGGCCCAGGUUCAGGGGGACCAGGUGGCAUGGCUGAUGCUGCAGAUAUCUUUGCUCAAUUUUUCGGUGGUGGCGCAACUUUCUUCGACUUUGGUGGAGGAGGGCCUGGAGGGGGCCCCCACCGACACAAGGGCCAAGAUACAGAGGUUCCCUAUGAUGUUACGCUGGAAGAUUUAUACAAUGGAAAGUCUGUGAAGAUGAAUAUGGCAAGAGAGAUCAUUUGCAGCACGUGUCAAGGUUCUGGAGCCCGGGGUAGCGCCAAACCCAAGGAGUGCGUCAACUGCGAAGGAAAAGGCUGGACUUUUAUCCAAACACAGAUUGCCGCUUCGCGGUAUGGCACAGCACGGACGAAAUGUACCGAGUGCAGCGGUCAAGGCAGUAAACUAAAAGAGAAAGACCGGUGUAAAAAAUGUAAGGGUGAAAAGACAGUAGAGGAAAAGACCCGACAAGAAAUUUUCAUCGAGAAAGGCAUGCCAGAUGGACACCGGAUCGUCCUCGCAGGCGCAGGCGAUCAACAGCCCGGUAUCCCUGCUGGUGAUGUGAUUUUCAAACUCAAAACUACUCACCACGAGUCUUUUGAGCGCUCAGGCAGCAAUUUGUUAACAAAUGUCAAAAUCACGCUAUCCGAAGCACUUCUAGGUUUUUCUCGCAUCUUGAUAAAGCACCUCGACGGAAGGGGCAUUCGGGUUUCCAGUCCACCAGGCAGGAUUAUCCGUCCCGGGGAUUCGAUAAAGCUUCGUGGAGAAGGCAUGCCCACACACAAACACCCAGAUCAGAAAGGCGAUUUAUUCAUAGUUCUUGACAUACAAAUGCCCGAUGCCCAAUGGCUACAAUCUGUGAACAAGCCGGCUUUGGAGAGACUUUUGCCGCCAAAGAAAGAUGACAUGGACCCAAUGCCUGAAAUUGUCGAUGAAGUCCCAUAUGAAGAGGGGGACAUUGUGGACGUGCGUGCCCGGUCUUUCCCGGCUGGUUCGGACUUCUUUGAUCAAGGGUUUGCAUCGCAGUUCGGAGAAGGAGACGAAGAUGACUGGGAGGACGAAGACGGUGACGACUAUGGCGAAGACAACAUGGGAGGCGAGCCAGAGUGCAGACCUCAAUAA